CUUAUACCUGAACGCUCGAAUUUACAAAAUGGUUAACUCAUACCUUCAAUAUCUCAAGUUGCUCCUGGUCUUACAAGCCGCCUUCAAUUCUGCUGCUUUAAUUGAGAACGUGCCAAAUGUCGAGCAGCUGGGUGAAUUGGAUGGUACUGAAACAAGAGGAGACAACUAUAUUGAAUGGCCGAAAAAACCUGGGCAGAGAUUUGCAAAGAAGCUAGAAUGUGUCCCAGGGUACCGGCUCGCCUACAACGGCAAGUACGUUGCUUGCUGCCUCCCUGGUCAAAAGCUUGUUGGCAGCUUUGACACAGCUUGGGAAUGUUGUGGCGAAGGCCAUGAACUUGCGGGUUCGGCUGCUGUGGGCUAUUCAUGCUGUCCAACCGGGCAGAUUUUUGACGGCGCGAUUUGCAAACCUCCUGCACCUGUUUGUCAGAAUGGCAAAGAGCUCGUAGAUGGAAAGUGUGUCUGUCCUAGUGGACAGACAGAAGACGCUACUGGCUCGUGUCAAAAACUGAAAUGCGAGUCCGGAUUGACAACUGGCAAGUGCUACACCUUCACUGAUAAUCGAGGACUUCUGUAUGGCUACUCCAAUUUUGGUUGGUACUCCGCUGCGAAGGACUCAAGUAGCCACAUCUUCGGCAAAUUUCAACUCUGCAGUGAUAAGGACUGCACACCUGGAAGACCUGUUAACCCCGACACUAACAUCGCCAUCAAAGACAUUCAUGGCCAAGCCAAUUCUGGCGCAAACGCCAACCAAUGGCUCGACAAUAAGGCAAAUGGUGGACAUAUUGGCAAGACACCCGACUGGACUAAAGCGGGUCAAUUCACCCUUACCAAGUGGCCAUGUGGAAAAUAUUGUUUGGGCGGCUUUGACAAUGGUCUUGGACCGACCUGUCCUAGCGAAGAACCGGCAUUCACAUUCAAUACAGCUGACAAGCAAGCUUGUCAGGUGGUUACUGUCACUGAGGUCCCUUGCGACGUCCAUGCCGUGGAGAACAAUUGUAUUUGGAAAAACGGGGAUCAAUGCUGCGGGCGUAUUGACUGUACUGGUGUUGGGUGCGAUCACUGUUUUGACAGCCCACCGCUACCGGGCAGCCAGAGGGUCCUUGCAUAAACCAGAAGCAGGGUACAACAUGUUAAUUGGAGGGCGAGGUCAACAGACUUGCAGAGGCGUGCUUCUUGCACAUCGCGGGGACGGCGAACUCGAUACGGUGGCGCUGGAGAAGAGAUUCAGCAAAAUGAGAGUUGGAGACGGUGGUAAGAGGAAUUGGGAACAAUUUCGUAAUACUUGAUCGUUCCUUAACAACUUUCUUUUCGAGUAAAUUGGACAAACCAAGCUUGUCGCAGCAUAGGUAUGCUGCCUUCUACGAUCUUUAGAAGCUAGUACAAUCUAAGCUUGCGUGUGGAUGGUCCAGACACUAUAUUCGUUUGUCAGAAUUUAAUCCUUUCGUUGUGCCGCAUUGUAAUGGUUGAGGAUGUUAACUAGACGCAAGUAUAGUCAAGUUCUCUGGUUGCACUAGAUAAGGUGCAGCUGAAUAAAUCAC